CUGGCCGCGCGGGGCUGGGGCAGUGUCUCGGGGCUGGCGGCGGGAGCAGCAUGGAUUGGGGCACGGAGCUGUGGGACCAGUUUGAGGUGAUCGAACGCCAUACACAAUGGGGCCUGGACCUGUUAGACAAAUAUGUGAAGUUUGUGAAGGAGCGAACAGAGGUGGAACAGAGCUAUGCCAAGCAGCUCAGGAGCCUAGUGAAAAAAUACCUGCCCAAGAGAUCGACAAAGGAUGACCCAGAGUCCAAGUUCAGUCAGCAACAGUCCUUCAUGCAAGUUUUACAAGAGCUCAAUGACUUUGCCGGCCAGCGGGAGCUGGUGGCUGAGAAUCUGACCGUGCAGGUGUGUCUGGAGCUGGCCAAGUAUUCACAGGACAUCAAGCAGGAGCGGAAGAUGCAUUUCCAGGAGGGCCGCCGGGCACAGCAGCAGCUGGAAAAUGGACUGAAGCAGCUGGAGAAUAGCAAACGCAAGUUUGAACGAGACUGUCGGGAGGCGGAGAAGGCAGCUCAGACGGCCGAGCGGCUGGACCAGGACAUCAAUGCCACCAAGGCCGAUGUGGAGAAGGCGAAGCAGCAGGCCCACGUGCGCAGCCACAUGGCCGAGGAGAGCAAGAACGAAUACGCUGCCCAGCUACAACGCUUCAACCGUGACCAGGCCCAUUUCUACUUCACUGAGAUGCCUCAGAUCUUUGAUAAGCUACAGGACAUGGACGAGCGGCGGACAGCCCGGCUCGGUGCUAGUUACGGGCUUCUGUCGGAGACAGAACUCCAGGUUAUGCCCAUCAUUGGAAAAUGCCUGGAGGGCAUGAAGGUGGCUGCCGCCGCUGUGGACCCCAAGAAUGAUUCCCAGGUGCUCAUUGGCCUGCAUAAAUCUGGCUUCACUCGCCCUGGUGAUGUCGAGUUUGAGGACUUCAGCCAGCCCAUGACCCGGGCCCCAUCAGACAGCAGCCUGGGAGUACCCCCUGAUGGGCGCCCUGACCCACGAGGCCCAGUCAGGAACCGCCCCAAGCGCUGGCCCUUCGGGAAGAAGAAUAAGCCUUGCCCCCCACCCCUGUCCCCCCUGGGGGGACCCCCUCCCUCGGCGUACGCUAAUGGACCCCCAUCCCCUCGCUUCGGCCGGGACCCCCUGGCCUUACUGAGUGAGAUCAGUAAGUCAGUCAAGCCCCGGAUAGCCUCCUUCCGCAGUCUCCGAAGUCGAGGGACAGUGGCCACUGAGGAUUUCAGCCACCUGCCCCCUGAGCAGCGAAGAAAAAAGUUGAAACAGCAAUUGGAAGACCGAGGACGGGAGCUACAGAAGGAGAUAGAUCAGAGGGAGGCCUUAAAGAAGAUGAAGGAUGUUUAUGAGAAGACGCCACAGAUGGGUGACCCUGCCAGCCUGGAGCCCCGCAUCUCAGAGACCCUGGGCAAUAUUGAGCGACUAAAGCUGGAGAUCCAGAAGUAUGAGACGUGGCUGGCUGAGGCAGAGAACAGAGUUCUGGGUAACCGCGGUGACAGCCUGGGACGGCAUAGUCAUCCCCCAGAACCCCCCACUGGGGCUCCCCCAGAUACAAACAACUGUUCUUCUGAGAAGGAGAGCCCAGAGGCUCCCCCCUCAGAUGAGGGGACGGAUACUUCCAUCUAUACCGAGUUUGAGGAGGACUUUGAGGAGGAACCCGCUUUCCCUAUUGGUCACUGUGUUGCUGUCUACCAGUUUGAAGGGUCCAGUGAGGGCACCAUCUCCAUGGAUGAAGGCGAGGAUCUGUGCCUAAUGGAGGAGGAUAAAGGCGAUGGGUGGACGAGGGUCCGGCGGAAACAGGGGGGUGAGGGCUACGUGCCUACCUCCUACCUUCGAGUCACACCCAGCUGAAUCCCUUUGCCAUCCCCAGGGGUGGGUAGAUCCCUGAAAGGGGUGCCCCCUUGCCCUCCCUCCGGGCAGGUGGACAGUCCCGCUGAAUGGAGAGUCUGUCCUGCCCCCUUCUUUCCUCCUAAGGCCCGGCUGUUGCUGCUUUAGGACCCUGCCCAGGGGGCCAGGAGUGGGGCUGGGCCUGGCUGCCCCUCACUCCACACCAUAUAUGCACUUUAUUCCUGGGGUGGCCUGGGCUUCUGCUCCCCACAUGCUCCUCAGCCCAGAGUUCUAGCUGCGGCCUGUGUAACCUCUGCUGCCAGGCCCAGCCCCAUUGUGCCUCCUACACUCGAUGUAAAUACUUGUGCUCUGGCAAGUGCAGUUUUUUUUUUUUUUAAAAAACAACAAAACAAAAACUUGUAUAAAUGAACUGUGUGCAGCCCCUGA